AUGUCAAAACCUCGAGUCGCUAUAAUUGGAGCAGGACCAUCAGGACUAACUAGCAUUAAACAAUGUAUCGAUGAUAAUCUUGAACCAGUAUGUUUCGAAGCAUCGGAACAUACGGGAGGUCUUUGGAGAUAUACCGAGAUUGAUGAUAAAAAUGAAGAUCCACAUUCUUCUAUUUAUAAAAGCAUUAUAAUUAUCACAAGCAAAGAUGUUAUGUCCUUUACAGAUUUUCCGGUUCCAUAUGAAUGGCCAACUUUUUUACACAAUUCAAAAGUGGCAAGUUAUUUUGAUUUAUACACAGAAAAAUUCAAACUUAACCCUUAUAUUCGAUUCCAAUCUCCUGUGAAACGAUUAUCAAUUCAAUCAGACAAAAAAUGGAAGGUAACUUAUUCGAAUCCGAAAAAUGAAGAAUGUGAAGAAGUUUUUGAAUACGUAAUGGUAUGCACUGGACAUCAUCGAUAUCCUCGGUUACCCAAAUACAUUGGAAUGGAUAAAUUUGUCGGGAAGCAAAUGCACUCUCAUUUUUAUCGAAAACCAGGAGAUUAUGAUAAUAAAAGAGUUAUUGUCGUUGGAUGUGGAAAUAGUGGAAUGGAUAUUGCUGUCGAAUUAUCCGGGGUGGCUUCACAAGUUUAUUUAUGUACACGUAAAGGAACUCUUCCGUGGAUUCUUCCCCGUCGUAUCUUUGGCAGCUUACCUUCUGACCACUUGGCAACUCGAUUUAACACAUAUCUCCCAGCACCUAUUAGAGAUUUAAUAGUAAAAGCCAUAGCACAUUGUACAGUUGGUCCUCAUCCACCCGAAUUCGCUCCAAAAACAGCACCAAGUGCUAGUCAUCCAACUAUUAAAACUGAAUUCAUGGAACGUGUUUCCACCGGUACGAUUAUUGUAAAACCCAAUAUUUCCGAAUUGAAAUCAGAUAGUUCAGUUGUAUUUGUGGAUGGAAGUGUUUUAAGUGAUAUUGAUGCGAUUAUAUAUGCUACCGGGUAUGAUAUUAAAUUUGCUUUUUUGGAUAAAGAAAUUAUCAGUGGUGGCGAGAAAGUUGAACAGCAAUUUGAAGAAGAAUAUAGGGAAAAUUUGGUUUGGUUGUAUAAAUACAUAUUCCCUCCAAAAUUACCUAAUAUUGCUUUCAUCGGAUUAGUUCAAGCUAUUGGAGCUAUUAUGCCUGUUAGCGAAUUACAAGCUCAAUAUGUUACAAGUUUAUGGACCGGCAAACUAUACUCUAAAUUGCCAACUCAAGAUGAGAUGGAGGAAAGUAUUAGAAGUAAUCAAGAAACUUUGAGAAAACGAUAUUAUCAUGCCGCUAGACAUACUAUAGAAGCUGAUAUGAUACCUUACAUGGAUGAUUUGGCUAAAGAUAUAGGUUGUUUACCCUAUCUUCCGAAAGUAUUAUUGAAAUACGGGCCAAAAUUAUGGUACCAAGUCUUGUUCGGCCUUCCAUCACCUACACAUUAUCGGUUAUUUGGAAGACAAGCUUGGGAUGGAGCUGCAGAAGCUAUUCGAAAACAAAACGAAGGGAGUCCGGCAAUUGUAAUGUGCGGUUAUCCAAUAGCAAUAAUCUUUAGUAUGUUAUUGGGUUUGAUUCUGAUUAUAAUGAUUAAAUGGGGAUUGAUUUCAAGGUGUACGGGUCUAUUUUAA